AUGAGUUCUGCCGAAGCACUGCCUUCAGACACCCAGGAGAUUUCUCAAUCGAUAAUCGACAAAAUUAUCCAACAGAACAAAGAAACUGGCAACAAUGGACUCGAUAGUAAUAUUUUUGAUCGGAAUACACUCAUGUCACUACAGGAGGGGGACAGUGGCCAUAUAGACCUGCUUUCUGGGUUCGAUGCUGCUCAAAUUCGCGCACCGAACACCGACGAGAAUGAGAAUGAUGAUCAGAGCAGCUCUAGACUGGGCGAUUCAUCUCCUCUUGUAUACGAGCGUGAUCAUUUCCCAGAAUCUCAAAGAUUUGUUGCAAAGACCCCUGUGACAGCGACGAUGCAGCAUGAUGUUAUCUCUACGGGCUCUCCCCUCGUCUCUCGGAAUCCUCUAGCAUCGGAUCUAGAAUCUGCCAGCGGUAUUAUGGCUCUUAGCCAAGUGUUCAAAGCCACGCAGGCACCAUCCUCUCCUCUUGUCAAUUGCCUACAGUCAGAUCUCAUGUCGGACCGGCCCUCGCCGAAUAUCCCAAUACAACACCAGCCACUUGCACCUUCCCUCUCGUCACCGUUCAAUACCAUCGCAGCAACUUUCCCACGCGAGUCAUCGGACACGCCGUUGAAAUAUGUGACCAUGAAAGAAUCUCAAACCAACAGGAAUGGCUUAUUAAAAGAGAGAAUGACCCGGUCUGCUGACCAUAUCUACGAAGAUCAGAGUGAUGGAGAGUUUGAUAAGGAACCUAGCUUUGUUGAACGUCAGAGACGUCAGCGGAGAAUCGAUGAGGAGGCCGAGGUACAGUUUGCCAUGCUCUCGGCGCCUGCGAGGCAACCAAGCCACAUUGAGAAUCGGGCAGGAAGUAGAGCCGGUUCGUUAACUGGGGCUCCUCGGCGAGGAUCAGCGGAUGAGUCUGCAGCAGCUAUAAUUGAAGAACAACAUGGCCCUACUUCGGAGCUGCAGACUGUGGGGACGAGUGAAGAAGAGACAGAGCAGGAAGAAGAAUUACGGAAGCCUACCCCACAAUCUCAACUACCCAAUUCGUCAACCGAGGAGGAUAAGGAGAAUUGUAAUGAUCCGUCUACUGUUGGCCUAUCUAACACAGAAAGUGCUCACGACCGUCUUUCUCAGGCUCUCUCUCUACAUGAGAGCCCGCUUGCUCCUCACAAAGGGUCUACUAAGUCAUUAUCAGAUGCACAGUUGCAUCCACAAAACGAGGGCUUGGAUGAUGGUCCAGUUGAUGUGAUCAGAUCAUCACCAAUAUAUGUGGUGAAAGAUUCACAGCGCUCUCCUGGACGCGAUUAUGUGGUGCAGCCCGAAGAUGAACUUAUUGAGAGCCCGAGUAACCGAAGCCAAAAUCGUUUCCAUGGUUUUCAACUACAAAACAAAUCCACAACUAGUCACGAACAAGGCCGCUCGUUCCCCGCCAAAGAGGUUGACCAUCGAGUUUCCACCCAAGGGUCCCAACAAGGCAACAGGCAGUUUGAAGCCGCUCAUGCCGUUAACCUUAGUCCGACUCGGCCAGAUAUUGCCGGCCUUACCAGGUCCUCCAAUCCGUCCCGGGAAGACUCUACGGGUCCGCAGACCAACUUUGUCCGUUUUAGAAACUCAUCGGCUCCAAGCAGCAUUGAGAACGGAGACAGGGCACCGGUGCACGAUUCUCGAGGCAAAUCAUCUUCAAUGCCGUCCCGUAUAGCCGAAACACCUGUGCAUCAGCAGCAGCGAAACUCUCACGAUUUGCAACCAUUCGCUACUAUCCCAGAGACAAGCCCAAAUCACAUGAAUACUGAAGUUUGGAUUAGUGAUGGAAACAACGAUCCUGCGGAUCAAGAGGAUGAUGAUCUACCUCCUCCCCUCCCAAGAACAUUCGAUCGUGCCAAUCAAUCACAGCCGCUUGUGUCCGAUAGUUCUUCUCCUAUUAAACCUUUGUUCAAUUCCAAAAUCCUGUCAAGCCCAAGUGGAAGGCAGCGCAGGGCCUUAACCGAGAUAGCGGCUGAUGCUUCGCCCCAAGUUGGAGGUUCGGCAUUCGAUGUCAACAUCAAUAUUAUGAGUGCAGACGAUCAUGAAUUCAGGUCUGCUGUCGCAAUGUCGCCGAUUCCACCACGCAAAAAACGACGGAGCAACGAUGGUCGGAAUAUCCCGGCCUCAGACCCAAUAAUCCCAGUUACGCCCCGAUCAAAAGCACGUUUAACUCCACCACGAGAGGAUGAAGAGAUGGCCGUGGCACCACCUCCACAACCAGUAGGUCCGGUAGGCCAGCGUCAGCGUACGUUUCCCGGACGGCCGAAAUCUUCGAGACGAUCCGAUUCCUUCUGGGAUAUGGAAGACUCACCGAAAUUUAAGGUUUCUAGUAAAGAAAGAUCAAGAAUAUUUGCUCGUUCUUUCGCUCGAGAACGUCGGUCUCCACCUGCUCCAGAACCCGAGACGAAAGAUGUCUCGCAACCUAUUCCUGCUCCUGUUUCUGCUCCUGCUCCUGCUUCUGUUCCUGCUCCUGCCCCCAACCCGGAGGAAAUCACUCCUACACCAGUUCCUGAGGCACCAAGCAGUGCACCGAUCGUUGAGGAGGCACCCGCGGAUGAAGGCCAACAACCUUCCCUUGAUACCACUCUAGUAGCGCCAAACCAGGUUCUUGCACCAUGGAGGGGCCAGAAGAGGGCGUACUAUCCGGCAGCUUGCUUUGGACGCCCAUUUGGAACCCCCCAGGAUCAGUACUUGGUUAAGUUUGAAGACAGCGCACCAGUUGAGGUGCCACUAGGUACCGUUAAGAGGCUCGAACUGCGAAUCGGCGAUGCAGUGAAAGUGGAUAUGCCAAAUGUUCCCAAAGUUACCCACAUUAUUAGGGGUUUCGCCGACAGUUUAAGUGCAGACGAGUUACAGUCAAAUGGGACUGCAACGGGGGCCAUUCCAGUCACCGACGUGUAUGGCCACUUAACCGUUGUUUUAGGGCCGAAGCAACGCAAGAGUCUUCCGAGCGGAGGAUUCUCAGGCCCGGAGAAUGCUAUCAACGUCCCCAUCUCCCGAAUAUACCUGGACACCAUACUGUGGAACCAACUCAAAGACCGGCCCUACACUUACAACUCUGUGUCUGUAAGCGCAGAGAAUAGGCCUCAGACCCCUUCAGACCGGCACCUAACACCAACAUCGCCGAGUACGCGGCUGUCCCGCAGCUUCCGUCCUUCAAAUGGCUUGUUUUCUGGCAUGGUAUUUGCAGUUUCGUACGGUGACAAGAGCGAGACCAAGCACCGCGUAACGAAGAUGAUUCUAGAAAAUGACGGGCGAAUUUUAGAGGACGGGUUCAACGAAUUAUUCGAGUUACCAUUGAACGCGCCGCUGACGACACCGACAAAAUCACCAGCUCCGCAAUCAACAGGCGCCAACGGUGGUCUCCGUCUUAGGCCUGGAGCCGAGGAAGUUGGAUUCGCAUGUUUGAUAGCGGAUAAACACUCUCGUCGCCCGAAAUACAUGCAGGCAUUGGCUCUCAGCCUCCCGUGUCUCUCAGACCGCUGGAUAGAAGAUUGCGUUGCAAAAGGUCAGGUUUUGGAUUGGGAGAUGUAUCUUCUGCCUUCAGGCGAAUCAUCGUACCUCAACGGAGCAACAAAGUCGAGAAUUCUCAUGCCCUACCCAGCCACAAAAGCUCGACUUUCUGAAACCAUUGCAGCGCGGCCAAAUCUUUUGAACGGCCAGUCUGUAUUGCUCAUUACGGGCCGUACUGGCAAGGCAGAUGAGGAACGAAGGAAGGCUUAUAUCUUCCUAACAUACGCCCUGGGCGCAUCGAAAAUCGAACGUGUUCCUGAUAUUCGGUCAGCUCGAGCCAUCCUCGACCAGAAAAAUUGCGGCGAGGAACCAUCCAGUUGGGACUGGGUUUACAUCGAUGAUGACGACAAGGCAGCAAAGGCCCUAACUGCAGGGAACGCUGGAUCAGCAUCGCUGCCGUCGAAGAAACGGAGAAAGUCCCGGCUUACUGAGCCGGUAAGUGGGGAUGACCUGAGCUUAAACAACGACGUUCGGGUCGUAGGCAAUGAGUUUGUUUGCCAGAGUUUAAUUCUUGGCCGAUUGGUUGAUCAGUGA